ACAGGAUCCAGGCCUAGUAGUAUUGCCGCCGGGACUCUCCUCAUCCGCUUUCAAAUUUUGGCAAUUUGGCGCAUUUAGACGCCAAAAUGUGCGGGUUGAGGCCCGGUUCUGCGGCGGGCGACACCGGAAUGGAAGGAACCAUGCCAGCAUGAGUGGGCCUCAUGUAGGCCCUGGACGAGAUGCCCAUCAGUCCAUCUGCCCUUUGACCCCAGGCUGUGACCUCUCCACCCACUCAAACUCCUCCAGACAUGACCACAGGUUCGGCCUAACCAUGUCUGCUGCCGCCUCAUCCCUCAAGCACGCAUCCCUCUAUGGGUUCGCACAAAGGGAUCACCCCUCCUCCUCCUCCUCUUCAUCUUCAUCCUACAGUCCUCUGAGGAGGCUGCAGCAUCUCACCACCAUGGUGAGCCAGCCUGACCUGGUGCUGCCGGUGAGGGAGCCUGAGAGGAGCUGGGAGUGGGGGACACCUAAGAAGGCGAGGGGGAAAGAAAUGGAGAUGGACUCCUGGGCUGAUUGCACCGGCCGGGAUUAUUCUGUAACCCAGAGUACCAGCAGGGAGGAGAACUUUGGUCACUUCUCUGCUGGACGAAAACAACCUGAGAUCCAAAGUGUGAGUAGAGAUUCGCCAGCAGCCAAUCAGAGCGAUCCUGUCACUUCAGAGAAAAAGACGGACAGUUGUUUCUCGGGCCCACCUAGCCCGGCCUUCUCACUCGAUAGCAACAGCCCCUUCGCCAAUGGCUUCCUCCAUUUUGAAUCCUCUUUAUUCGACGAUGAUGACACCAAUCAGGUGCGAGAGACGGUGUCACCCGUCGAAGUCUUACAGGAAAAAGAUGAGAGGGUAGGGAAUACUCUUCAGUCAACUCCCGGAGAUGUAAAUCUGAACUCAAGAGACACAACCCGGUCAUCAGCCAAGGUCGUCACCCGGUCCCAGUCCUCAGGUCAACGCAGGAGAUACUGGGACGGCUCAGAUGAUGAGUGGGAAAGCGACACCGGUCUGCUCCUGUUUAUGGAUAGUCCAGCAAAACAUUCUAUGAACAGGGUGAAGAAAAAGUCUCUGCCGCCUGUGAAGUUUUUAGAGGGCGAGAUAAUUUGGGCAAAGUUCAGCCGAAGACCUUGGUGGCCAUGUGAGGUGAUCGUUGACCCCGUACAGGGAGUCUACCACAGACUGAAAGAGCCCAGUGACCGGCCCUGUCGGCUUUACCACAUAAAGACCUUUGGUGAGCCAGUGGAGCACGUCUGGUUGGAGGAAAAAUCCACGCACACUUUCAAUGGAGGCUUUGAAUUUGAACAGCUCCUCCUAAUGCGUCGGAGGGGAAAGCAAACGGAGAAGAACUCUAAAUACACUAUCGCAAAGCGUUUUCAGGAAUCCUGGAAAUCCAGUGUGGCAGAAGCUGAAUCUAUUCUUCCAGAGAGAUCCAAAAUGGCUUCUUCCAUUUCUGUGUCCAUGAAUGAUGGCUCCCACAUCAGUUCCAUACUGGAAAGGGAGAGCAAGGCCCUUCCAACCUCUUCUCCAUCCCCUUCACCUGUCUCCACCCUGCCUGAAACGCUACACGGGAUCAAUGGAUCCCUUUCAUCCCCUGUUAUUUCAUCCCCAAUAACAACUCCAGCAAAGUCAAGCACUUUAAGGAAGUCUUCUGGCAAGAAGAAACCAAGUAAAUCAUCAAAAGACGCGAAGAGUAAACAUUCUAAAGGAUUGUUGUGUAAUAGCCCUGACCAAUCAAAGAGAGAUAAUGGAGAGUGUCCAUAUUCUGACCUUGAGUCAGUGCCUAAGAUUUUGUGUCCUAAAGCACUUGAACGUCAAUCUAAGCUACUUUCGACUCCGCCCACUGUUACAGUUGUCAAAGAGGUGAAGAAGCAGCCAGAGAUUCAGAGUGGUCUUUGGUUCAGUAAAUCAGGCAAAGACAGGCGACCUAAAACAACCAGUCCGAUGCCAGACCGCAAUCUCUUUGGUAAGGCGUCCUGCAAGAAAAAGAGCUUACCUGCUGUUAGUAAAAAGAUGCUGGUUACAUGUGUCUCUUCUAGUGGUGCUAUCAGUGAUCAGUCAGGGACGCCAGACAAGCAUAAAGCUCUGGUACCUGCUGAAGCAAAUCUGCCUGCUGGACGGUCAGAACAGCUGAAGUGUAAAAACCCUCCAGUUUCCAAAAGGCUGUUUGGUAAAACUGGCAGUAUUGCUGACCAACCAGGACUGUCAGACAAACCGAGGUUCCGGCUCUCUGUUGACCCUGGCGUGCCCGAUGACAAGUGUGGAAACUCAAAGUUCAUACAGACACCCAUUAAUAUAACUGACACUGUUAUUGACAUGUUGUCCGACCAGUUUGGUACCUCAGAUUAUAAAAAGUGCCACGAGCACAGUAUGCAAGUUGGUAUCAAUGACCAAUUGAGAUUUUCAGAAUGUCUCAGUCAAACUGAACACCCUGACAAUACGAUUAAUAAACAAAUUCAUGUAAUUGAUAGGAUUUCUGACCAAGCAGAAGUAAAAGAAACAAACAAAACUCCAAAGCUAUCCACUUUAAAUGUUGACACUACUGACCCACUUGCAAUUCUCGAAAAGCAAACAGGUCUUGUCUCUAAAUGUAGGCUGCCUUUUGUCAAAUUAGUUCGCAAGGAAAUAGAGGAUAAGAAAUUCCCAAACGACAGUGUAGCCAUUAGUCCAGCUGACCAACCUGGAUCAACAAAGAAGAAAAAGACCAGAGACAAGAAAGGUGCUAAAAUUUCCUCUAAAAAGUCAGACUGGGUGGAUGACAAGACAAGUGUCCCCAUGGAUAAGGCAUCCAGUUCGGAGACCAUUAAUGUCUCAGAGGUGAGGUUAAAAACAAGUGGAGGGAAUGGUAUGCUUCAACUCUCAUCAGAAUCCUCACAACAGAAAACUACUGUGGUCUCCAAUUUGUUGAGUGUGUCUGCUGAUGAGUUAGGUAGCCCAGAAGCUGAGAGGAAAUCAUUAUUCAAUGUCAGCCCAAGCAAUGUGACGUAUGAAAGUAAAAAGAUUCCCUCCUCCAAUGCAACCAGCAUGUCUUCUGACCUGUCAGGCCCCUCGGCACAAACAAUAACUUUGGUCACUAGUCAAUCUUCCAAUGCACUUCCUGCAACUCAAGGAAAUUUGGUAUCUGGGAAUGCUUGUGUUUCCAAAAUCCUAUCUUCUGAGAAAUCCAAGAAAGUUGUCAAGAAGUCAAAGCAGGUUCCAAAUGAAGUGACUAAAGUCAUUCUUCAGCAGCCUGCCCACCUCCCAGCCAGCAGUCGACUGCUGACUAGAGCCCUCAAAGCCAUGCAGGAGGUGGAGCAGAAGAAGCAGGAAAACGCUAAAAAGCAGGCUGAGCACAAAGAACUCUUAUUUGCACUUAGGGAAGUUGAAGACUCUGCGGGUCAUUCAGCACGUAACUCAUCUCGUGGUCCAAAGGCCAAACUGAAAAUUAGCACAAAAAUAAAAUCUCUUAAAUCUAAAGACAAUGUUGAGCAUAAUCAGGACACUUCUUCUAGCCGUAGCAGCCCUCCUGCGAGGUCUUCUGAUUCAACUGACAUUGAAGCUGAUGUAAAAAGUGAAGCAGAAGACCACUCAAUAUCCUCGACCCCACCAAUGGACUUCAUCCCCCUCACUUCUAAGGUGAAGGAAAAGAAUGACGAUCAUUCCUCUGCCUUAUGCUCCUCAUCCUCACCUUCCUCACCAUUCUCUUUCAUGAAUGCCUUUAAGAACGUGGAAGAGGUAUCCUUCCAGUCUGUGACGAGUGAGGGUAAUGGUAAACCCGUCUCUUUCAAACCAGAUACAAACUACAAGUUUAGCACUUUUCUCAUGAUGUUGAAGGACUUGCAUGACACUAGAGAGCGAGAAGGAACCCCUUUAGAGCUGGACAUUGGGCCACCAAGUGCACAUGUCAAGGAGGAGCCCUCAGUGAUGCCUGGGGAGGCUAAGACACCUGGGCAAGAUCAGCAAUUUGAUACAAUUUCGAAUUUAAGUCCAGACAAAAUCCCCAUCACACAUAGUGUAGACAGAAAAAGUCUGACUUGGAAGAGGCCCUAUAACAGAAGGAGCAGCUGCACUGGAAUGAAAAAGAGAUCCAACCGCAAAGUGCCUUGUCGUUCUGCCAGGUCUGGACCUGGUUUCCCAGGACUGGAGUCCACAUCAAGAAUUGCAUCACUACCAACAGCGGAAUCUUCAUCACGCAUGGACUGCUUAUCCCGAGUCCAGUCCCUGUUGGGCAUGCAGGCCAGCAGUUGGGAGAGGCAGCCUGGAGGCGGGGAAGGAGUGGUUCAAGAUGAUGCAGAUGACAGGUGGAGCAGGGUUGAUCUACAGAAUCUACAGAACAUGGUGCCUUUGGAGCAGCAGGCAUCGAACACAACGCUACAUCUGGGACAGCCGAAUGGCUUUUUUGCAGGCCGCACCAAGACUAACCCAAUCUUCACGCACAACGCUGGAGGGCGCGACAAGGCUACAACGGCACAUAAGCGAAUAAGAAAACCAAGCAAGCGGCUGAUUGAAUUGACUGAAGAGUACGAUCAGAUUUUCUCCACAAGGAAGAAAACCAAGAAGCUUCUUCAGUCAAUUGCAAAGGUCACUCAAACCAUUACCUCCACGUCUGAAACCCCGGGAUCGGACAAGAACGCACACGACCACCCAUCCUCGAGCUUACUUCCCGAAAUACAGACGCCACCUCCUGAGGAAAUUGCUGCAACAACACCCUGUGAACUACAAAUCCCCAGCACUGAAAACAAGUCUCCCCAAGAUGCACCGGGGCUUUCCAUCGACACACUAACCCCUCCUCCUGAAGCUGAACCUUCGCUCUCAGGAGGCCUCGUCAAAGACAGCGGAAACGCUGUUCUGCUGGCGAAGAAGAGGAAGAGGAAACCCACUCAGAAGAUCCUGGAGUACUGUCUGGAGGCCGAGGCUUCAACAGGCCCCAAGAAGAAGGUCAAAACACUGAAGAACAAUUCAAUUGCUGCCCCUCAAUCAGAUUCAGGACCACCAUCUCUAAAACUAAAGCGUAAGCGGAUUAAAGCAUCCACCUCCACACCGCCCACCUCAGAGGUUCCCACCUGUACGUCCACUCCCUCCAUCCCGACCUCUCUCACUCCCAGCGCUCCUGCACCCGCAGCUCCUGCACCAGCUCCACCCGAACCCAACCGGGUGGAGUCGGCAUCCGAAGACGUGGAUGCUCCUCAGCCAGAGGACUGCGAGGCUCAGGAGGUCAAAAGGGACACGGCAGAGUCAGAGGGCGAAACGUCCAGCCUGGAUCACAGUUUCUCCUCCACGAAGGACGACUUGAUGCUGUGUGACGACCCACGUUCACCCUCAAGGAAGAUCAUAGGGGACCGGGGAGGCCCCGCCUCCAUGAAGGAGAACAUAUGUCAGGUGUGUGAAAAGACGGGGGAGCUGCUGCUCUGUGAGGGUCAGUGCUGUGGAGCCUUCCACCUGGCCUGCAUCUCCCUGGCCCAGGCACCGAGAGGGAAGUUUGUCUGUCCAGAGUGUAAAUCAGGCGUCCACACCUGCUUCGUAUGUAAGAAGCGCAGUGAGGACGUGCGGCGCUGCAUGAUCCCCGUGUGUGGGAAGUUUUACCACGGGGAGUGUAUCGCCAGCUUCGCCCCGACUGCGCCUGUGACCCGGGGCUUCCGCUGCUCCAUCCACGUGUGUCUCACCUGCUUCAUCGCCAACCCAAACAGCUCGUCCAUCUCUAAAGGUCGUCUGGUGCGGUGCGUCCGCUGCCCGGUGGCCUAUCACGCUACAGACCUCUGCAUGGCGGCAGGCAGCGUCAUCCUCUCCAACAACAGCAUCAUCUGUCCCAACCACUUCGCCCCCAGACGCGGCGUCAAGAACCACGAGCACGUCAACGUCAGCUGGUGCUUCGUCUGCACAGAGGGGGGCAGUCUGCUGUGCUGCGAGUCCUGUCCCGCCGCCUUCCACCGGGAGUGUCUCAAAAUCGAGAUGCCUGUAGGCAGCUGGUUCUGCAACGACUGUAAGGCUGGGAAGAAACCUCGCUUCAAGGACAUCCUCUGGGUGAAGGUCGGGCGGUACAGAUGGUGGCCAGCGGAGGUCAGCCAUCCCAAAAGCAUCCCAGAGAACAUCCAGCGGAUGAAGCACGACAUCGGCGAGUUCCCCGUUCAUUUCUUCGGCUCCAACGACUACCUGUGGACGUACCAGGCCCGAGUCUUCCCUUAUAUGGACGUGGACGCCAACAGCAAAGAGAAGAUGGGCAAAGGCGUUGACGCCACCUACAGGAAAGCUUUGGAGGAGGCGGCCGUGCGGUUUCGAGAGCUGCAGGCUGAGAAGGAGCUUCGGCAGCUUCAAGAGGACAGAAAGAACGACAGGAAGCCUCCUCCGUACAAACAUGUUAAGGGGAAUCGACCAAUAGGAAAGGUCCAGAUCUUCACAGCCGACCUGUCAGAGAUCCCGCGGUGUAACUGUAAGGCGUCCGACGAGAGCCCCUGUGGCAUGGACUCCGAGUGCAUCAACCGCAUGCUGCUGUACGAAUGUCACCCACAGGUUUGCCCGGCAGGUGACCGGUGCCUCAACCAGGCGUUCAGCAAGCGUCAGUACAGCCAGGUGGAGAUCUACAGAACACUGUCCCGAGGCUGGGGGCUCCGCUGCGUCCAUGACAUCAAGAAGGGUCAUUUUGUGAGCGAGUACGUCGGGGAGGUGAUUGACGAGGAGGAGUGCAGGUCGAGGAUCAGACACGCGCAGGAGAACGACAUCUGUAACUUCUACAUGUUAACUCUGGACAAGGACCGGAUCAUUGAUGCUGGGCCGAAGGGGAAUGAGGCUCGCUUCAUGAACCACAGCUGUCAGCCAAACUGUGAGACCCAGAAGUGGACGGUGGGCGGAGACACCCGGGUGGGACUGUUUGCUCUCGUCGACGUCGCUGAAGGCACUGAACUCACCUUCAACUACAACCUGGAGUGUUUGGGCAACGGGAAGACGGUGUGUAAAUGUGGAGCCCCAAACUGCAGCGGCUUCCUGGGCGUCAGGCCAAAGAACAACCCUCCGUCUGAGGACAAAGGUCGGAAGAGGAGAGGCUACGGCAGGAGGAAGAAGAAGGUGGUGGUGACCAAAGAAAGAGAGGACGAGUGUUUCAGCUGUGGAGACGGGGGACAGAUGGUUUCCUGUAAGAGACCUGGAUGUCCGAAGGUUUACCACGCUGACUGCCUCAACCUCACCAAGAGGCCAGCAGGUCGCUGGGAAUGUCCAUGGCACCAGUGCGACAUAUGCUGCAAAGAGGCAGCGUCGUUCUGUGAGAUGUGUCCGAGUUCCUACUGCAGCCAGCACCGUGACGGCCUGCUCUUCAUCUCCAAGCUGGACGGGAAACUGUGCUGCAGCGAACACGACCCCUGUGGGCCUGACCCGCUGGAACCGGGAGAGAUCCGGGAGUACACGCCUGAGCCGAGAGCCCUGCCCUCAGGCCUGGGCAUGGCCGUCAUCCCCUCUGCCGCUCCUGAUGCAACUGCCACUUUGAACCCGACCACCAGGAGGGUCCGGGAGAUCGGCACCGGUGCUGACACGUGUGCUGCUGAGUCAUUUCCUGCUUUUUCAAUCCCGGUGCCCAUCACCAUUCCCGUCGUCGCACCCGCCGCCUCACCUCCUCACCCGAGCAGCUCUGAUGCUCCCAGCAGCCCGCAGGUGUUCGACCUGCCGCACUAUUCGCCCAUUUCCUCGUAUGAGGAGGAGAGGGACGUCUUAGAAGAGGAGGAGGAAGAGGAGGACGAGGGUGAAGAGGGGGAUGAGGGGGACGAGCUGGCAGAGGUGGAGGAGGAUUUAGUGGAAGAGGGUGAGGAGGGGAGGCAGAAAUCAGAUUCUAAUGAAGAGGAUGGAGAGUCAGUGAUGGACGAGGAGGAGGAAUACCUAGAAAUCAAAGAUGAUGAGGAAGAGGAGCAGGAGGAGGAAGAAGAUGAAGAAGAGGAGGAGGAAGAAGAAGGGGCGGAGGAGGGAGAAGAAGAGGAGGAGGAGGAGGAAGAAGAAGAAGAAGAGGAAGAGUGACAUGUAGUGGAUUAUUAUUUAUAGUUGCACAGGACAUUAAGGCAGAACAAGCAGACGUAAACAAAUGGCGAUCAAUCAGUAACGUUCACCAUGCAGCCCAGUCUGUCACUGUUUGAGUCCGAUGGGCAGCUGAGUGUACGGAGGAAACAGGACUCACUCCACGCUCGCUGACCUCGGUGCAUGGAACCUGCUGCAGAGACGGUUCCUGACACAGUGACUUUGCACAAACUGGCUGCACCUUCACAUGCGAGAUCCGGUAAAGACAAUUAUCUGGAAUGUAAAACGUGGUGUUUGUGAACAUAUUCCACUCUGAUGUUUUCUUUCUUUUCCCCUCUGGUUUGUUUUCCUCUGAGUAGUAGUUCAGGUGUCGUUCCCUGUACGUCAGCUGAGUCGACCCGCAAAAACUUACAGUAGUUGGAGACGAGUUGUUGUAUCUCGUGUGUCUGUGUUUAGUGUAAGAAAAGACGUCACUGUCAGGGGGGGGACAAAAACUCUUCAGCCCGUGAAUCCUGAGACACGAUGAUCACCGACAGUCACAGCAGCGCCCCCAUCUGGUAAAUGACUUCUCCUGAGUACGUCGCUGCAGCUGGAUGGCGGUGGUGUUCACAAAAGUAUGAGAAAAUUAUAAUCAAGGAGUUGUCCGUAUAUAAACCAGUUGCAAUGUGUCGUUGGACUUUGAGUUCAGUGAUUUGUGAAAUUUGGGUUUAAUUGGACACAUACAGGCUGAGUUGACUUCAAUCUACAAUAGAGCACCUCACGCAGGAGUCUCCACUUCACCUCCGGUUCUUCUCCACAUCUCUGAUCAUCAGACGGUGCUUCAAGAUCAGACCCUCAGCGGACAUGUGAUAGCGAUAGGUUCUGGAAUCCGAGCUGCCAGGGGCCAGACUGAGGAGGACAUCUUCUCUACACAAUGUCAUGCCAAAAAAAAAAGUGUUUUGACGAUGUGAGUCUCCAUGUCGGGCUGGGAAAGACCUUAUUUAAACUGAAACGUAAAAGAAACCAGGUGGUCAACUAGCAGCUCCACGGCUGAGGCAGAGUGGAGUGAAGAAAGCUUGUAAACUAUUGUGAUGCACAACUGAGGGUGAGUGGGGCAACAGCGGCCUCGCUCCUCAGGCUCCAUGUAAAAAAAACGACGGACUGCUGCCAUGUUGCUUGCACUUCUGUACGUGUUCUUGCAUCAUGUGUUUCACUCUUCAAGCUUCUAAUAUCGUCUGUGUGUUAUCUGCCAAUGCCUUAGAGUGUUUUUUGCUUUGGAGCUAUUUUGAGUGGAAUGCUUUGGCCCCUGUGAGAGCCAGGUUUCCCUACUAAUGCCUUUUUACAGUUGCCCAACAAGCAAUGUUUCAUUCCAGUGUAAUUAUGACCUGUUAGAUCUCAACCAUUGACCUGUUAAACUGCUAUAUAAAUAUAUAAUAAGAAGAAGUUAUAAAAUAA